CCCAUCUUCACGUCUUCUGCGUCCUUUCCUCAUCUUCCUCGCCCUCGUCCAUGCCCACCACCACCACUGCCAAUCCACCUUCUCUUCCCAACACCCACGCCCUCCCCGGUCGUUAUUAUCCCCUGUUCGUCCUCCUCCCACGCGCAGCUCUUGUUCCUGCUCUGGGACCUCUCUGCAAGUUGCAGCAAGAAAAGCAUCGAGAAGCUCUCUCUCUUGUAUGGGACUACUGCUUGCGUACGCCCAAACCGACAAGAUUUCACUCAUUGGUGCACUUCUGUCUCUCUCUUCUUUCUCUCUACCUACCUGCCUACCUCCCGCCGACGACGACGCCGCCGCCGCCGUUACUAGUAAACGACUUUGCCUCUUAUCCUUUCCUGCACAAGUUACCGAGUAGGAAAGACGGGAAGGCGAAUUCACACGCGCGCACGUACGUUCAAAACCCUGACAGUUUUUUCAUUGCUCUGUUUUGCAUUUGCUGUCUAUUGCUGCUGCUAUUGCCUGCCUUCUUGUUUUAUUGUAUUCUGCCUGCUGCAUCUUCAUCUUACCUCUCACACUUUCGCGCGUCAUUGCUUGGCUGGCGCAUAUCAUGCGUUGAGUAUGCUCUUGUUCUCCCUUUCCUUCAACCGCACUUCAUAUCACAUACACUACAUCUCUUCUUUGACGUCGAGAUAUACACGGGUAUAUCCUUCCGACCCUGGGCCUGGCUAGAGGUGUGUGUAAAAGCGCAUAUGCCCUCAUCGUCUCGCCUCCAAUUUGCCCCACGGCGUUGGUAGCGCGCUUGCAAGGGCAUUGCCGUCGACAUCGCCAUCUCCGUUGAUAUCUCGACCUUCGCCGUGCCGUAGCCUCGCAUCGGGCCCAAGGUGUCAAGGUACCCUGCCAUUAUAUCGCCCCCCCUUGUAUUACCUUACAU